AUCGAUGGAUUUAAGGAGUGUAUGUGACGAGAUCUUACAAGAAAGGAGUUUGUUCAGAAGAAAAAACCUAGAGGGAGAAUUGCUCUGAUCAAUGGCCACCAAUAAUAGCCAUGGUUUACCCGACUCAUGUGCACCACCAAGUGUUCUGAUGAACUCCUUUGAGAGAAGAGUUAUGGCUGAUUUAGAGGACAUCAAAAGAGCUAACAACAGUAUUCGAGAGGAACAAAUUCUAUUGAAGUCCAUGAUUGAACGCAUAAAUUCCAUUUAUGUCAAGCCUGAGUUGAAGGAGAAUGAAAGACUUAUGAAAAACAGCAAAACCAAUCCUAUCACCACCCCUCAUAAGACAUGCAAAAUUACGAAAAAUAUAAAAAAAAGUGACAGCAAGUCAAUAUUUAAUAUGGAUGUGCACCCAAAUAUAUGUCUUGAUCUGUCAGAUAAUGAGGAUGAUGUCAUGGAACUAGAUCGAACAACCAUAACCCGCCAAGAUCCACGCAAAGUUGCUGUCCAACAGAGCAUUCCCUCUAUCAAACGCCAGAAACUGUCACCCCAGCCAAAUGGAAAAGGGAAGGCGAAACCACUAUCAAAGCCAUGGUUCCCUGGACCUAGUGAAAGGAGAACCAGGUUCCAAAAUACGGUUGAGGCGUUCAGAGGUGUACAACGACCGCGUCGUAUGUCAACUUCUGAAAUGGAUGCACAAGUAUCCCGUGGAGAAGCAGUACGAGCAUCAAGCACGCCAGUUGCUGCACGUGUACGCGCAGAAUCGAAACCGCUAUCUAUUUUUAAACAACAAAAUUUGAAAUAA